CAAGGGAUACCGAAAGGAAAAUUAGAACUGAAAGGCAGGCUAGACAAAAAUGUUCCACUUCUCUGAACACAAAAAGAUGAAAUAUCAAUUGUAAAUAUCUCUUGUUUCUUAUUACGCAUAGAGUAAAUUUGUGUUGCGUCGAAAAACCAGCGUGGAAGUGAAUACCUGAAUUGAAUUUUGCCUGUGUGUGAAUCGAAUACGUUUGAGAGAGAAAUUCCGAAGCACUGCCAAAAAACGAAUCAGAAAUCAAAGUCAGUAACCAUGGUAAUGGACUUCGUUCAAGUUUCGGAGGAGGAGGGUGAUGAGCCCAUCGAGCUGCCAUAUGAAGAAGAUGGCACUCUGCUGCUAUCUACCUUGCAAGCUCAGUUUCCAGGGUCCUGCGGUCUAAAGUAUCGCAACCUUAACACGAAGGCGGUGCGCGGAGUUCGAUCCAACGAGGGCAAACUGUUCCCCCCGGAUGUGGACUCGGAAUGGGGGGAAUACCAUUACUUUUGCGUGUUUCCAAAGGAAAACAAGCGUAAGAGCGAUGAUAGUUUGGAAAACACAACUGCUAAGACCAAACGAUUAGAGACCCGUUUGCGAUGUACUGAUCUUAUAGUACUCAGCUUAAAUUGGAAGACAACCGAGGAGAGUUUUAGGGAGUACUUUGAAACCUACGGCGAGGUUCUGGUUGCACAGAUCAAAAAGGACAAGUUGGGGAAGUCGAGGGGUUUUGGAUUCGUGCGAUUUGGGUCUUACGAUGCCCAGAUGCGCGUUCUUUCCAGUCGCCACCUCAUCGACGGUCGAUGGUGCGAGGUCAAGGUGCCGACCUCCAAGGGGGUAGACCACGAGUUGCCCUGCAAGGUCUUCGUGGGACGCUGCACAGAGGAAAUUAACGCAGACGACUUACGCGAGUACUUCUCGAAGUUCGGCGAGGUCACUGACGUGUUUAUUCCCCGUCCCUUUAGAGCCUUCAGUUUUGUCACUUUUCUCGAUCCUGACGUGGCACAGUCCCUGUGUGGAGAGGACCACAUAAUUAAGGGUGCAUCGGUUCAUGUGUCAAAUGCUGCCCCAAAAGCCGAGCAAAACAAAAACCAGCAAGGCCAGAGCUACAACAAUACCGGCCGGAAUGGAUACCAAAGAGGUAACAACCAACGCAGUUCUUACGGCGGUGAGAAUUCAAUCAUCGGCAAUGACGGCAACAACAGCACCACCGGUUACGGUAUGGGUGACAAUAAUUAUGGAGGAAAUUCGGGAGAGGGCUACCAUGCCAAUGGUAAUAACAAUUACUCAAACAACGGGAAGGGGAAUCGCCAGGACGGGGAGUCCCAGUAUAGUAAUAGGCAUACAAAUUUCCAGGGAAUGAAGCAGGCUUACGGCCGUAAGGUUGGUGGGAACAGCAACUUGAUGAACCAGGGAAACAUGGACAUGCCAAAUUUGCAAGCACUCGGCCUUAAUUCGCAGGGCUUAAACUCGUCCAACCAGGGCCCGAACAUGCUUAAUCUGAAUUCCUUGCCUAUUAAUCCGGCUUUGAUCGCUGCCGCUUUGAGCCAGUGGGGCCUGAUCGGCAACCAGCUUCAGAAUCAAAGCCAGGACCAUUAAGCAUGAUGGAAACACCGGUUGGUCAAACGCUGAGCGGCGGACCUUAAAACUCUUUUUAAAGUCGAACAUUCUUUAGGACGGUACUAACAAGCAGUACUUGGUAUCUAAUAAUAUACAAUCCAAGAAUUAUAAAUGUAUGAAUUCUGCAUCUAAAAAAUGUAUGAAUGAAUUUAAUUUAAAAUAGUCACCUUAAUAUUUGUAAGUUUAAGGAUUAUACAAUUUAUAUAACGGUCUAUAAAAUAAAUUAUGCUCCCAUUGAAAGCCUCAA